AUGAUUAACGUAGCAGGAAUCAUAUCCAUCAUUUUGUUUUACGUUUUGAUUUUGGGCGUUGGAAUUUGGGCAGGUAGAAAAAAAGAAGAAGGAAAUGACUCAGAAGAAGAAGUCAUGCUGGCUGGCCGCAAUAUCGGUCUCUUCGUUGGAAUCUUCACAAUGACAGCAACCUGGGUGGGAGGAGGCUACAUCAACGGCACCGCCGAGGCGAUCUACACCUCGGGCCUCGUCUGGUGCCAAGCCCCGUUCGGCUACUCCCUCAGCCUGGUCUUCGGGGGCAUCUUCUUCGCCAACGAGAUGCGCAAGCAGGGCUACAUCACCAUGCUGGACCCGCUGCAAGACUGCUUCGGCGAACGCAUGGGCGGAUUACUGUUUCUGCCCGCUUUGUGCGGCGAAGUAUUUUGGGCGGCCGGUAUUUUGGCUGCCCUGGGAGCCACCCUCAGCGUGAUCAUCGACAUGGACCAUAGGACAAGUGUUAUCUUCAGCGCAUGCGUGGCUGUGUUCUACACUCUGUUCGGCGGAUUGUACGCUGUGGCGUAUACCGAUGUCAUCCAGUUGUUCUGCAUCUUCAUAGGCCUCUGGAUGUGCAUCCCGUUCGCCUGGAACAGCGAACACGUGGCACCGCUCUCCUCCAUGGAGGUGGACUGGAUCGGGGAGGUCAAACGAGAGGAGAUCUUCUACUACAUGGACUACGGGCUGCUGCUGGUGUUCGGGGGCAUCCCCUGGCAGGUUUACUUCCAGAGGGUGUUGUCGAGCAAGUCGGCAGGCAGGGCGCAGAUUUUGUCAUACGUGGCGGCUUUUGGGUGUGUGUUGAUGGCUAUACCGCCUGUGCUGAUUGGAGCAAUUGCCAAAUCUACAGCUUGGAACGAAACAGGGUACAAAGGACCCUACCCUUUGACAGUCGAAGAGACCAGCAUGAUCUUGCCCAUGGUCCUGCAAUACCUCACCCCAAGCUUCGUGUCUUUCUUCGGAUUGGGCGCCGUUUCAGCUGCUGUGAUGUCUUCUGCGGAUUCUAGCGUGCUGUCUGCCAGUUCCAUGUUUGCUCGCAACGUCUACAAGCUCAUCUUCAGGCAGAAGGCUUCCGAGAUGGAGAUCAUCUGGGUGAUGAGGGUGUCGAUUUUGAUAGUGGGGUUCUUGGCUACGGUUAUGGCGCUUACUAUUCCAUCUAUCUACGGAUUGUGGUCUAUGUGUUCUGAUCUUGUAUACGUCAUUCUCUUCCCCCAACUACUCAUGGUUGUGCAUUUCAAAGACUAUUGCAAUACGUAUGGCAGCUUAGCAGCGUACAUAGUUGCUUUCCUCUUCAGAGUAUCCGGUGGAGAAGAACUGUUAGGCUUAGAUCCUCUGAUCAAAUAUCCAGGUUGGGACGAAGAAGGUAGAAGACAACUGUUCCCAUUCAGAACGCUCGCGAUGUUGAUGUCUCUCAUCACCCUGGUGACAGUCUCCUGGGGCACCAAAUGGGUGUUUGAGAGUGGCAGACUAGCCCCUGGAUACGACUUCUUCCAUUGCGUGGUCAACAUCCCCGAAGACGUCCAGAGGGUUGGAGAACCGAUCGAGGAGGGGGAACAGAUGUCAAUGAUGGCUUCAGGCGCGAUGGGUAAACUCUAUGGUGCAGCCACGAUGGUAGGGAAGGACGAGAGAAACGGUCGCAUCAAUCCAGCCCUCGAAACAGACGAUGAAGACAUCCCGUCUGCGGAACUGAGUAGGAUCAGAGGACCAGCAGCCAGUGGUGGGGGAGCUAGGUCCAUAGUUCCCACCAAUCCAUUGGACGAUGUCCAGUCAACUUUCUGAGGUGCAUAACAGGACUUCAGUCUCGAAUAAUACAGGCACGUACCUCAGGCGAUUCGAUAGAGGGAAGAGGUGGUAAACACCCUUCUGAGGCAUAUUAUUUAUAACUAGGAGAAAUCCAACAUACUGAAAGUGUAAUGAAAUGGCAACAAACGGAGAGAAACUCA